AUGAUCGUAACCAUGAUGAAGACAGUAUAAUAGAUACCGAUAACUUAAUUUCUACAUUAGUUAUAUCAGAAAUAUCAGAAUUAAUUACUGAUGAAUUGACUAAUUCACAAAGAUAUAGAUCUCCUGUCUGUAAGCAAUUUUCUUUAUUAGAAAAUGAAAAAAAAGCUAAUUGUAAUUAUUGUAAAAAUAAACUUAGCCAUAAAAAAGGCAAUGGAACAUCUCACUUUCAGCAUCACCUCAAAUCAUACAACAAGUAUCAAAAAUCGGCAUCUAAUAGUAAUUCAUCAAGUCUACCAGAAGGUCAAACACAAUUAGAUCUUAGUUUAUUCGUAAAACGACCUUCGAAAAUUUCAAAGAAACCGGGUUUUCGAAAAUUUCUUAAUGGAGUGUUGCCUAAUUUAGCCAUCAGUGCUGAUAUAGUAAAGCGAGAUAUUAUGAAUUCCUAUGGUGAAAGAAAAGCUUUU